AUGGACUGGUCGCAGCACGGCAGACGGAAAGCGUUCAGGGCGAGGUUGCUGCAGAUGGCGCAUCGCAGCUUGAAAGGAAUCUCGGCCGGGGUCAGGGCGGUGGCAAUGUCCAUCAAGCCAGCCGGCGCAUCCGCCGCAGCCAUGGCGGCUCAGAGGGUUGAGAAGGGAAGUGCGAUUCACCGGUGGGCAAGAGCAGACAUAGACAUGGCGGAGCAGGAAAGAAAGCGCGAAGAAGAGAAGAAUCAGACACGCGACUGCCGUUUGGGGGACGGAACAACCUUGGUCCGGGAGAGGUUGCAAGACCCGAUUGUCGACAGCCUGCCAUUUUAUGCUACGAUACGGAUCGAGGUAGAGAGAACCCUAGGAUCCGGUAUCCAAGCACCAACAUCCCUCCCCAGUCCUCAGAUUAGAUCAAGUUAUUUUGGUCCCUCAGCGACGCCGACGGGCGAUACCAUCGAGGGUGGCAUCAUCCCGCGGGUGGUGUCUCCGGACUCCUGGGAAUCAUCAUUGGCGGGUGGGUGUGCUUGGAGCAGCGAGGUCUGGCCGGACGCAAUGUCCUGUCUCACCGAUGGUAGUGAAGGCCAGCCGGGACUCUACAUGGCCCCGGCGAGCAUGACAGAGGAUAACAACUAUCGCCCUCGCUCCCCAGACCUCUCCUCGCUUCAAUUCCCUCCCUCCACCGCUCCGCCCGACCAGUACGCGCCGCUGACCAGUCCGCUGGCUCACCGCGCCUCCUACGACGCCUCGCCUUUCUUCUCCUCCAACUACCAGCGCCCGACCUCGGCCAGCCGGACUCCUCAGCAGUACGUGCCACCGGUUCCCCUGACCGGCUUUGAUCCCGACAUGGCCCGGCGCUCGUCGCGACUGGCAACCACGGACGGCGCGCCCGUUGCCGCCGUCCCCGAACCCUUUCACACCCCAUACGCAAUCGAACCCGUCGCGGCGCCCAUCAUGCCGGAGCAGAGACACCCACAACCAGGCGCAGGGAUUGAGGUCAAGACCAAGUUCCCCGUGGCGCGCAUCAAGCGCAUCAUGCAGGCCGAUGAGGAUGUCGGCAAAGUCGCCCAGGUGACGCCAAUCGCAGUGUCCAAGGCCCUGGAGCUCUUCAUGAUCUCCCUGGUCACCAAAGCCGCCCAUGAAGCCAAGGAGCGCAACUCGAAACGCGUCACGGCCUGGCACUUGAAGCACGCGGUGGCCAAGGACGAAGUAUUAGAUUUCCUCGCCGACAUCAUUGCCAAGGUGCCCGACCAACCGGCUGGGCGGAAACACGAGGACGACGGCAGCGACCAGAACGAAGGCCGGCGGAAGCGUGGCGGGCGUCGUCCCAAGGAGGAGAGUGAUUAG